GCCAAGUUUACGCCGCGUCGCCUUUCGCUUAACGUGUCUCCGGCUCCGGUUUUGUCAUUGUGGGUUUUCCUGAAUACUGCAUCUCAACUUGAACUGCGUUUGAUCUUCGUAAGAGUUUAUCUGUGCGAGAGUUGGAUGGACAGGUAAUAUUGGUUAAUGGUCAGAUGAACUUGGUCAGUUAUCUGAGGGAAGAAAAACUACAAAUAGCUAGACAUAUCCUCCAGAUGAGCAAAUAGUUCUUGACAUUGCGAAAAUCUCAUCUUUCAGCUUCAGCUCCUUUCUUUCUUGUAUAAAUCUAGUUGCGACCUGGUGUUGCUCAUUUUACCUUCGACUAUUCCCUACCUUUGAAUCAACUCAGACAUCGUGGUCCGUCAAAAUGGUUCGCAUCAAUACCGCUGCACUUCUAGCGUUUGCUCUCGCAGCUCUGGCUCAAGUUACGCCGAACAAUGCCGGUGCCAAAGACGUGGGCCAGGGCAACGGCCAGCAGUUUAUUACCGGCGGCUGCACGUCAGACGCUGACUGCUCGUCCGCAUGCUGUGCCGAAGUUGAAACCACGGGCCUGGGCGUCUGUUCCAACGAAGUUGCGUCGCUUCAGAAUGGGAAAUUGGGCUGUGGCUUCGUCGAUCCCAAUGCCGAGCAGACUAUCGCAAAUGCACAGGCCCAAGUGAAAAAGCAGGGCUUUUAAGGCUGGAUGAGGGCUGGAUGAGAAUGUUCUGCUGGUACCUAUCGGCUAU